GUGGUCACGUAACUGCGGAAGAGACGGACGGCCUUCCGGUCCGCGUGCGUUGAGGGAUCAAGGUGUCUUCUUCGCCUGUUGCUUCGGGAGCCAAAAAAUGCCGGGCCUGGCAGCCGCAAGCCCCGGCCAGACUGAGUCACAGGAAAAGAAGCCGCUGAAGCCUUGCUGCGCCUGCCCCGAGACCAAAAAGGCUCGCGAUGCGUGUAUCAUCGAGAAAGGAGAAGAACACUGUGGACAUCUAAUUGAGGCCCACAAGGAAUGCAUGAGAGCCCUAGGAUUUAAGAUAUAAAACGGUG